CUCAGUCCUUCUUCAGGGUCACCCAGCUGGUAAGAGGACACACUCUUUUCUGAGGAGCUGAGCUUAGACCAUCAGACUGAGAUCGCUUUGUUCCCGGGCAAGGCACGUGGCCCAGCUCAGCUUGUAGGAUCCCACCAUGGUCACCCAUAUCUCAUGGCCUCCCUCUUCCAACAGGGUCCCAUGGCAGAGGCAGAAAUGCUUAUGGACUCUGCACAGGGCCCUGUGGUCUUUGAGGACGUGGCCAUAUAUUUCUCCCAGGAGGAGUGGGACCUCCUUGAUGAGGCUCAGAGACUUUUGUACCAUGCUGUGAUGAUGGAGAACUUUGCACUUUUGACCUCCGUAGGUAGUUGGCAUGGAGCCCAGGAUGAGGAGGCACCUUCAGAGCAAGGUGUUUCUGUGGGAGUGUCACAGGUCAGGACUCCAAAGCCAGGUCCAUCCAUCCAGAAGGCCCAGCCCUGUGAGAUGUGUCGCCCACUCUUGAAAGACAUUUUGCACCUGGCUGAGCACGAUGGAAUGUACCCUGAUGAAGGGCUAUACAUUUGUGGGGCAAACCUUUACCAGCACCAAAAGGAGCACAUUGGAGACAAACUUUCCAGAAGGGUGGAGGGGAGGCCUUCACUGAUGAACAGCAGUGUUCAUGUGACAGAGAGGACCUUGACAUGCAGUGAAGGUGAGAAGGACUUCGCAGCUGACACAGGCUUUCUCCUACACCUGGCCCCUCGCAGUGCGGGGAAGCCACACAGGGACACUGAGUGUGGGGAGGCCUUUGAAAGUGAACAAAAUGAUUACAAGUGCACUCAAUGUGGGAAAGCCUUCAGCCAUAAAGAGAUACUUGUUGACCAUGAGAAAAUCCACCCUGGAGUAAGGCCUUGUGAGUGCAGCAAAUGUGGGAUGGCCUUCCUUAGAAAGUCUCACGUUGUUCAGCACCAGAAGAUUCACACUGGAGAAAGGCCUUUUAAGUGCAGUGAAUGUGGGAAAUUCUUUAGGUACAACUCCACACUCAUGAGUCACCAGAGAGUUCACACUGGAUUAAGCCCUUAUGAGUGCAGCAAAUGUGGAGAAUUCUUUAAGUACCAUGCCAACUUCAUGAAACAUCAGAGAAUUCACAAUGGAGAAAGGCCUUAUGAGUGCAGAGAAUGUGGAAAAUUCUUUAGGUACAACUACAGACUGGUAAGACAUGAGCGAGUUCACACUGGAGAAAGGCCAUAUGAGUGUAGCCAAUGUGGGAAAUUCUUCAGAUACAGCUCCACAUUCAUUAGACAUCAGAGAGUUCACACUGCAGAAAGGCCUUAUGAGUGCAAUGAAUGUGGGAAGUUAUUUAGGUACAACUCCACACUCAUUAAACAUCAGAGAGUUCACACUGGAGAAAGGCCUUAUGAGUGCAGUGAAUGUGGGAAAUUCUUUAGGUACACCUCUACACUGAUUAGACAUCAAAGAGUUCACACUGUAGAAAGGCCUUAUAAAUGCAGCUUAUGUGGGGAAUUCUUUAGGUACAAGUCCAAGCUCAUUAAACACUGGAGAAAUCACACUGGAGAAAGGUCUUACGAAUGCAGCGAAUGUGGGAAAGCCUUUAGGUACCACUGCAGACUCAUUAGACAUAAGAGAGUUCACACUGGAGAAAGGCCUUAUGAGUGCAGCGAAUGUGGGAAAUUCUUUCGGUACAACUCCAACCUCCUGAAACAUUGGAGAAAUCACACUGGAGAGAGGCCUUAUGAGUGCAGCGAAUGUGGAAAAGCCUUUAGCCACAAGCAUAUACUUGUUGAACAUCAGAAAAUCCAUACUGGAGAAAGGCCUUAUGAAUGUAGCAAAUGUCAGAAGGCCUUCAUUAGAAAGUCCCACCUUGUUCAUCACCAGAAAAUUCACAAUGAAGACAGGCCUAUGGCACCGUGAAUGUGGGGAAUUCUUUAGAUACAACUCCAACCUCAUUAAGCAGAGAAUUCACACUGAUAAAGAUCUUAUGAGUGCA